AUGAGUCAACUAAUUGAUUCCGAGGUUGCGCAUUAUGGCCUUCCAGUCGCUGGAGCUAUUUGCCUUUCCAUGCUUCGGCCCACGUUCUGGCAACCGUGCCAGGACCUCUGCAUCCCCAAGAUCCUGCAAGAUCUAGGUGUCAUUGCGUCGGAACUUGGACUGGGUGGCCUGUUCCAGGAGGAAGCUCCUAACUAG